AUGCUUCGAUUUUGUAUUUUCAUCAUUUUGAUUGGGUGCGUAAGUGGUCACGCCCGCUUGGCACUUCCACCAAGUCGUAGUUCUGCAUGGCAGCUUGGCUUUAAUACACCAAUCAAUUAUAAUGACUACGAAUUGAAUUGUGGCGGUUAUGAGCAUCAUUGGAGAAUGGGUGGGAAAUGUGGCGUAUGCGGCGAUCGUAUCGAUGGUCCUCGACAUAAUGAAGCACCUUCAGGCAAAUAUUUUACAGGCAUUCCAACACAUACUUACAAAGCUGGUUCCAUAAUUGAUGCUCGUGUUGAAAUGAUGGCUAACCAUAUGGGUUGGUUCACCUUUAAAAUCUGUCCAGUCACUAAUGAUUUAGCUGAAGUAAGUCAAGCAUGUCUUGAUCAAUAUCCUCUGGAGAUUAUUCGAGCACCUACAAGACGAACUUCGAAAUAUCGUUGGGAUAUUCCGGGUACUUAUUCGUACAGUGUUGCUCCUGGUUGGGAUUAUCCAUCGUAUUCAUUCAAGUUAAAGCUACCUGAUCAUGUAAGAUGCGAAAGAUGUGUUUUACAAUGGGACUGGACAUGUGCCAAUCGUUGGGGUUCAAGUAAUGGAAAAGAAGGUAUGGGUCAUGGUAAACAAGAAACCUUUCGUGGUUGUGCUGAUAUCCGUAUUGAAGGCUAA